ACAGCCGCACGUGGCUCAGGGGCUCAGCAUUAACGCUCAGCUCGCUCCCAGCAUGAAGCUUCACCACCGGUCGGUGUUUCCACUCGCUGCCCUGGGCUUUUUCUGGGUGCUGGUCACAGUGAGGGAGUCAGGCAGCACGUUUGUUCCGGGAAGAUGUCUGUGUCCACAAACGCAGCCAGGAGUCAGAGGACAACUCGCAGACCUGAAAGUCCUCCCCAGAAGCCCCAGCUGUCACAUAGUCACAGUCAUAGUGACGCUGAAGAACAGCAGUCAAGUGUGUUUGAGUCCAGAGUCGCCGAUGGGCAAGCAGCUUAUCCGCUGCUGGAACAGAGCGCACAGGUUGAAUCGUGACAUAAAACCCUGUCUGAGGAGGAAGAGAAGAGGUGGAAGGCGCCGGGCAGCCCGGCAGAGGACACAAAGACACAACAGGAGGGCCUCGUCCUAAACCCCUCACUCAGCCUGACUAAAAACCUGCUGAUUUUUGCCAAAGCGUGGACUCUUCAAUCCAGGCAACUGUCUGCCGGCCUGGCUCCAAGUCAAACUCUGUUUCUAGGCCAGCACUGGGAGGGAGCUUGAAAAAGACUGACGACCAAAUACUGAGCCCUGGUGGCUUUUUAUAUGUCAAUAGCUUUAGCUUUAACACUAUUAAACGGUUUGUGUUUGUGUAUUUUUAUUGUGUGUGUACAGCAGGAGAAGCUAUAUGAACGCCUUUAUUUUUAUAUGAAUGUGGGCAUUUUUCAUAUUAUUUGGUAAAAUAAAAACAGAAGAUACGA